AUGUCGACAGUGGCGAUAAAAGAGCAAGAGAAGAAAAGAAGCAUCUUGUGGCGUCGUGCCGAGGAGGUGUCUCGCUCCGGGGGCAGAGUAGCGUCGACCGCACCAGAGGGUAGGGCGAGCCAGCUUGCUUAUAAGCUCGAGCAGCGGCUAUUCGAGCAGCUUAGACGGCCUAGUGGAGUCCCCAGGUACAUUCGGCCGGGAGUCACGCACGUGGGCUCUGAGUCCCGUGUCGCGCGCGUCGUUCACUCUUCUUUUUUUUUUCCUCCGCGGUGCUUCCGAGUUUUCGCACGCGAAACAAAUCUUCGGUUUGCUCGCGAACUAUUGUCAUACGCGAUGCUGGUGCUGGUGCUCGUGGUGCAGGUGCUCGCGACGAUCGUGCCCGCGACAGUGGCUGUCGAGCUGGCGCCGAGAUCAUUGGACCUCGACUCGCUCGAUGACGUUCGUUCGGAGGACGACAAUGCUGUUGUCGUCGAAGCUGCGAUCGAUCCGGAUGAACUCGGAUCAAGGCAGGGUCGAGGUAUUCUUUGGAACGGAGCCACGACUCGUGAGACCUGCCUAACGUCAAAAGGCGAAGUCGGUCGCUGUACGACCUUCAAAGAGUGCUAUCCGUACUUCAAGAUACCAGACCUCGGUGCUCUCGACGGUUGGGUGCUCGGCGUUUACGACACAUGCAGCUACAUCCGCGAGGACGGACACCCGAGUUUCGGCAUCUGUUGCUCCAAUUUACAACCCUUCGUCACACCCCAUCCUGACAACUGCGACGAUCCUACCGUGGAAGAUCCGCAAGUUGAGGAUAACAAGAAGAAAGGCCACAACACAGGGAUAGCGCGUCCUCAGGCUGCGCCUACCUGGCCACCGCCGAUUCCCACGCAUCCACCCGACCACACGAUACCGCCGCUACCGACCCAUCCGCCGUCGCCUGGUCUACCGACGCAGUCCACCACGUUGAAGCCGAUAACCACGACGUCCAAGAAGCCCGGUCUCGCCACUACGUGGCCGACGAAGAAACCAACUUGGUGGCCAGCCUCGUCAUCGUCCACGUCGACGACCAGCAAGUCCCCGAUCAGCAGUACCAAUCCCUCGCAAUGCGGUGCGAAAAACGGCAACCAGGACCAAGAACGCAUUGUCGGCGGAAAGAACGCAGAUCCGGGCGAAUGGCCGUGGAUCGCCGCGCUCUUCAACGCUGGACGGCAAUUUUGCGGCGGAUCGCUCAUUGACGAUACACACAUACUGACAGCGGCGCACUGCGUCGCGAAUAUGAACUCAUGGGAUGUUGCAAGGUUAACGGUACGCCUCGGUGAUUACAAUAUAAAGACAAACACCGAGAUUCGUCACAUCGAAAGGCGAGUGAAGAGAGUCGUGAGACACCGCGGUUUCAACUCGCGCACGCUCUACAACGACGUGGCACUCCUCACACUGAACGAACCUGUGGAAUUCACUGAACAAAUCCGGCCUAUUUGUCUUCCUAGCGGAUCACAACUGUAUUCUGGCAAAACAGCUACCGUUAUUGGCUGGGGCUCUUUGAGAGAAAGUGGACCGCAACCAGCGAUUUUACAGGAAGUAUCGAUACCAGUUUGGUCAAACAGCGAGUGUAAAUUGAAAUAUGGUGCAGCAGCACCCGGAGGCAUCGUCGAUAGUUUCCUAUGUGCUGGUCGAGCCGCUAAGGACUCAUGUUCGGGCGACAGUGGAGGUCCUUUAAUGGUCAACGACGGGCGAUGGGUCCAGGUUGGCAUCGUCAGCUGGGGUAUAGGAUGCGGCAAAGGACAAUAUCCUGGCGUGUACACGAGAGUAACGCACUUCUUGCCUUGGAUUUCUAAAAAUCUAAAGUAGAAGACAUGCGACACACAUAUCUACUGCCAUGUCUUUUUCGCAUAGUCGCUAUUUUUUCAUAAGUUUCUUCGAAUUGUCGGAGAAAUGCAGAAUCGAUUGCACUCACUUUGAAAAAAUGUGAUAGAAACUGUUGAGCCCUAAAAAUCGUACUUGUCAUUCGAUAAGCUUCGUAGCAAUGUCAAAAAUAUCUGCUUUCGUAAUGAAAAGCGAUAAGAUGUCGUCUUUUUAUUAAGAAAAUUUGAUGCUAUGACAUCUUUUUAAUUAUAAACAUUCAACAUCAUCGUGCUCCACGCUUUCUUAUCGUUAAAUGAAGUCAUCAUCAUCCAUUUACUACAUAAGAAGUGAGCGAACACGGUGAUUACAAGUAGUAACAAAAUAUAUUUUAUAUUACUAUACAUACACAAGUAUAUAUAAAAAAUAAAGUUACAUGACAACA